AUGAUGAUCGAGCUAUUUUUAUGUUCCGGGAUGGAUCGCAGGCGUUCGAGGCUAAAGAUUUUUUACUCAAACAAGCUCAAGUUACUGAGAUCUUAUUGGAAGGCCAACAGUAUACCGGUGCUGGGGCUACCAUUAGGGAAGAAUUGUAAUUAG